CGAAGAAGAGCGAAGCAGUAAGUGAAGAGAAGAGGGAACAUCGGAGAAUAAGAGAGAUUCGCAAUGUCGGGGUUCCCGUCGUCGUUUGGUCAAUCCAAUUCCGGUGGAGGAUUCGCCUUCGGAUCUUCCUCCGUUACUAGCUCCUCCUCUGCUUCAUCUACCACAUCCCCUCUAGCUUUCUCCUUCAACCAAUCCUCAAACCCUAGCUCCGCCGGAGCUCCUGUAUUUGGCUUCGGAUCCACUGUAUCGAAUCCUGUUUCCUCCGCAGCUCCAUCAUUUGGGUUUGGAAAUCCCGCAUCCACCGCAUCCACCGGUUUCGGGUUCGGAUCCUCUGCUGCUCCGUCUCCAUCAUUCGGAUUUGGAUCAGCCGUGUCUUCAUCUGCUUCUGCUCCCUCACUGUUUGGAUCAUCUACGAAUGCUUCUGCAACUGCUCCUGCUUCUUCUCCUUUCGGAUUCGUGACUUCAUCGACCUCUCAGCCUCUUUCAUCCGCGUCUGUUUCAGCACCAUCUCCCUUCGCAACCUCAUCCUCCUCCUCAUCUUCAUCGCUAUUCGGAGCGCCAGCCAGUGCUCCAACGUCCCUUUUUGGAUCUUCAUCUGCCGCCGGCUCGAAUUCCCCUCUCUUCGGGGCAUCCUCAUCGCCCGCUGGCUCAACGCCUCCCCUAUUUGGCGCGCCCUCUUCAGGCACCGGCUCCACACCUUCCAUCUUUGGCGCCUCCUCAUCAGCCUCUGGCUCCUCACCGUCCAUCUUUGGCGCGUCCUCAUCAGCGUCUGGCUCCUCACCGUCCAUCUUUGGCGCGGCGCAGUCAUCAGCCUCUGGCUCCUCACCGUCCCUAUUUGGAGCCACCGGUACGUCACCGUCCAUCUUCGGGUCGUCUUCGUCAGCCGGUUCAACACCUUCUCGCUUUGGGUCGUCCUCGUCAGGCGUAGCGGCUUCUUCACCAUCCCCGUUUGGAGUAUCCGCCAUCACUUCCUCUGCAACCAAUCCCAUGCCUACCCCGGCUUCUCCUUUCUCCGCUUCUAGUAUCUCUGCUUCUGCUCCUUCACAAACGGUUUCGUCAUCUUCCUCCUUCUCAUUUGGUAACCUUUCAACCUCAAGCUCAGCCCCUGCAACUAGCACAUCCCCAGCAGUGUUUUCUAUUGCAACCACCACCACUACUUCUUCUUCGACUCCCGCUGCCACUAGUGCUCCAUCUUCUUCAGCUGCAGCUUCUACAGCGACUUUCCCUUCUUUUGGUGUGGGUUCAUCUGCAACCAACAGCACCCCGGCUACUUCUGCUGCUACAGGGUUUAGUUUUGCUAGCUCGACUUCUGCCUCUGGAACUACUAGCUCUUUUACUGGUUUUGCUGUACCCCAGACAUCAACACCUGCAUCAUCUUCUCAACCACAGACUACUAGUGCUGCAGUCUCAUUCAAUUUUCCAUCUUCUACUUCUACGGCUGCUCCUGCUAUCAGUUCUGCUACUACAACACAGACUUCUCUUGUUGUGGCUUCGAGUAGUGGGCCAAGCACAACUGUUGCGGCUCCAGUGGCUGGUACUCCCAAGUUGCCAUCUGAAAUAACUGGCAAAACUGUUGAGGAGAUUAUAAAGGAAUGGAAUACGGAGCUGCAAGAGCGUACAGGGAGAUUCCGGAAACAGGCAAAUGCAAUUGCAGACUGGGAUAAGCGGAUCUUGCAGAACCGUGAUGUUCUUUUGAGGCUUGAGAUUGAAGUUGCAAAAGUGGUUGAAACGCAAUCUAGUUUGGAACGACAGCUGGAAUUAAUCGAGACUCAUCAACAAGAGGUUGAUAGAGCUCUGCAAAGCAUGGAGGAAGAGGCUGAGCGUAUAUAUAAUGACGAGCGGAAAUCACUUCUUGACGAUGAAGCAGCAUCAACAAGAGAUGCAAUGUAUGAACAGUCUGAGCUUGUAGAAAGAGAAUUGGAGCAUAUGACUGAACAAAUCAGAUCGAUAAUACAAUCCGUAAAUGCAAACCAGGGUGGAGAACUUGAAGCAGUUGAUGGGAUGAGUCCACUUGAUGUAGUUGUCAGGAUCUUAAACAAUCAACUCAGUUCCUUAAUGUGGAUUGAUGAGAAAGCUGAGGAAUUCUCUUCUCGGAUUCAAAAAAUCGCAUCUCAAGGCUCUGGUGCAGACCGUGAAUUGAUUGCUCCAAAGCACUGGAUGUCUUGAUAGUUCCUGACGAUUUUUCAUGAAUGUCUUCUUUAGUUUUGUGGAAGGGACAGUCUGAUUUUACAUCUUAAAGAUUUUUUACCUUGAAAGAUUUGUAUCAUUUGGAUAUUGAUUGUUCAUGGUUUGUUU